AUGGAGACUCUUUCCUCUCUUCUAGAUAGAAUAUACACCACAUGGGUGAGCCUCAGCUCCACUAUGUGGGUAAUGGACAUGAUCCUUGCCUUUGUAUGUGGACUGGGGCUCUACCUCCUGUUACUUCCCUUCCUUGAGAGUCAUCUAUCUUCACCUCUACCAAAUAUAAAGUUUACCAACAAGCCUCACCUGCAGAUGACCUGGCAGAGCUGGUGCAGGAAAAAGUUUAGGACUCGUUGUAGGAAAGAUCCCAAAGCUUGGGGAGAAUGCCUGAAAAAGCUGAAAGAAAAAGGAAAAGAUGGAUUAUUUCUAGAAGAAAUUAGCCCAGGACACCAUUUGAAUUCUUUAGGGAACAUGUUUAAGUCACCAAGUACUAAGCAAGACAGUACUACUCUGCCACCUUUCUGGAACCUGAAAGAAAAAUCAGAGCAGCAGAUGGCCAUUCAGAAACUAUCAUAUCCCAAGAUUUUGGGGGACCACUUUCAACAGAAAUACAACCAGCUUUUCUGGGGUCUUCCUUCUCUGCACAGUGAAUCUCUAGUGGCUGCUGCCUGGAUCCCUCAGACUUCUACUCUCCCUUCUCCCUUUUUCUUAUUCAAUGUCAUCUCAAGUGGUUAUCCAGUUCAAAUGCAGGCUCAAAUGUCUUCAGUGCUUUCCCACACACAUCCCCUGUCCUACCUGGACCUCCAAUCUCCACCCUUAAUACUGUCUCCACCCCAAUUCCAGCCCCCAACUUUGAAUCAAGUCCAUCUUCAAUCCUCUCUUCCAGCCCUACUGCCCUCUUCUCUAUCCUACACAAGGGAUUAUGGAACAUCUUGUUCUCAGUCACAAAGUAAGCCACAGUGUCUCCCUACUGAAAUACAAUACAGGGAAAGACCCUCAGUGACAAAACAACUAGAAAGUAGAUUGGCUUUACCCUUGAUGGUGCAGAGACCCCAAGAAGUCUAUGAUGUCUUGACCUCCAACAUUUCCCAAGACUUGGCAGUCUCUAUCCUUCCUGACAAUUUUCCAAUUAGCUGUGAGCUCCGGGAGAAACUGGAGCAGCACAUUCAAAAGUGGCUCAUUCAACACCGAUGGGAUCUUCCUCAGAAGAUCCAAGAAUCUCUGGAAGUGAUGCAGCUUCAGAGCACAGUAAUAGAAAGUUGUCAACCCAGAGAGAGACCUGGCCCCUCAAGACCCUUUGUGUCUAUGGGUGAACAUAGCAUGGAUGGCCAGAAGGUGAGAUUCAAGCUAGAAAGGGAAUCUGGUAAGAAUUUGGGACCUAUUCUAGGAAAGAUCUCAAAACAUCCAAUCAAGCACUUGGAAAAAAGUCCAGUAAAGAAUCUAGAAAACGGCCUGAAAGCUCAUUUGGGCACAAAGUCAGGGCAAAUCAAUCAAGGUCUGAUCCCUCUGAGUGUGCGUCGAUCCUGGCUUGCUAUGAACAAUGGAUUUACCACGCCGGACACCCAUAUGGAAACUAGAAACUUAGCAUCCUCGAAGAGUUCAGAGAAGUCUGUGAGCUCUUUACGGAAGCUUGCCUUUCUUGAUCCAGGCAUUCAACAGGCCCUGGAGGCACAUGUUGUAAGGUUUUGGGUGAAGCACAGGUGGGGCCUUCCCCUCAAGAUACUCAAGCCCAUAAAUCUCUUUAAGUUGAAAAGUGGUGAGUCCUUGCCCAUUGCACUGUAUGCCCCACCCUCCUCAUCCUCUGUAUCUGAGACCAGUUCAGCAGUUGAGGUAGUCGGGUUCCUAGGAAAACCAUGUCAGACAUGCUUGAGAGAGGUGAUAAUUAAGGAUUCUUCUCCAUCACUAGGGAGUCUUCUCCUUGUCUCCUCUCCUUCCUGUAAGGAUAUCGAGAGAGCCCUGGGAGUGUUUCCAUCUGGUGUUGACCAGGAGCCUUCAAAGACCCCACCAGCCAAAACAGAGAGCAGGCAUCAUUCUGAAACUCCCACACAUAAGUUCAUGGAUAUACCCUCUCAGAGUGGGACUGUCUUAGAGAAAGAGAAAGAGACCCAAGAAGUCCUUUUACUGCCUAGAAGGACUAGUGUCCAAAAUGCAGGGGCACACAGCCACCAGGCAAAAGUUGUUAGUGAGUUUCCACAUAAUGUGGAGACAGAAUCAAUAGGCCAGCCACAAGUCUACACUGCUGCUGUGCUCCUUCCAGAGCAUUCCAGGAGCGUGCUUCUUCCUGCAGACACUUUGGCUUCACAGAUGUUAGAUGACAUUGUGGUGGCAGGAGGAGGCAAUGGCCUGGUGCAGCAGAAACCCAGUACUCCAAAGCAUCAAGUCUCACAGAAGAGCCAAAUCAAGGUGUUGGCCCCUACUUAUCAAGGUGAGGACAGUAAAAGACAGAAUAAAAGAAAGCAUGAAGAAGGGUCCAAGUUCACCAGAGUCAAGGAGAAAGAAGACAAAUUUAGAAGUAAACACUAUCAGUCCCUUCCAAAACCCACACAAGUUCCUCCAGAAAGUCCCUUCCAAAAACUUGUGAGCCGCUUUCUUCGGUGGAUUCAUCCCAAGAAAACAAUCAAAGGGCAGGAAUCUCCUCCCAAGAAAGGUAGGCCUACAGCAGGUACUGCCCAGAGUCAACAAAGGCAAGUGAAAAAGAAAGCACACGUGGACAGCAAUGUUGCUGAGGCCCAGGAACUUAUGACAGCCGUUGGAGAGAUGUUAGAAAAGAAAAUGAUGCUGCAACGUAAACUCUGUGCUUCAAAGUUUGACAAGCACAGAGAAACUCCUCCACCCCCUGUGUCUCAGUCUUCCUAUGGCCACAAGCCAGCCUCCUACUCAGAACAAAGGAGAGCACCCAGUCACCCAGUCAAUUCCUCCUGUCAGAAGUGUCCUAUACAGGACAAGCACAUCAGAGACAAACCAUCUCAAAAAACUGUACGAUUUAUCAGUGAACCACAGACCCCUCAGAAUCCUAACCUUGUGUCCCCUAACACAAGUAUGAACCUAGUGAGUUCCUCCCAGAGUGGAACAAUAGUGCCAGGUGUCUCAAGUCACCAUCUCCACUGUCCCAGGCACUGUGUUCUUCGAAGGAGUGUCUGUAGCCACCUAGAAAAUUCCUCUCUAGUUUUUUCUAGUAGGAAAACAUAA